AUGCCGAGCAGAACCGAAGAAGCUAACGUCGACAGCCAUCACGAUGGUCAACAUACAGAGGGGCCAUCAACGACACAAGCUGAUGCUAGUCAUAGCAGCCGACCCGUCCGAAACGAUGAUAGCCUUUCGGUAGCUAUUGUAGGAGGCGGCAUCGUGGGCAUAAUUUUAGCUCUGGGGCUUAUUGACCGUGGCAUGCAUGUAGCCGUCUACGAGAGAGCUUCCGACUUCAAUGAGAUUGGCGCUGGUAUCGCCUUCACGGGCGUUACCCGCGAGUGUAUGACGAAGCUGAGCCCGUCCGUCAUAGCUUCUUUGAAACGAGUCGCCAAUGAGAACCAGCUCCAAUACGAUAACUACUGGGAUGGAUUUCACAAUGACGAAGAAGAUGCCAAACCCAAGACUCCAGAAAGCACAUUGCUAUUCCAGCUCCCGAACGCCAAAAUGUCAUGGUGGAGCUGCCUUCGCUCUCACUUCCUCGACGAUCUAGCCAAAGCCCUACCUUCAGAUAUAAUCCACUUCGGCAAAGAACUCCUCAGCUACUCAGAACCCGAUCCCAACAACUCUUCCCCAGUGACUCUACACUUCACAGACACCACAACAGCAACCUGCGACAUCCUCAUCGGCUGCGACGGCAUCCGCUCCCGAGUCCGACAGCAACUAUUCUCAAACACACACCCGCAGGCCUGCCAGCCGCAAUACACGCACAAAACAUGUUACCGAGCCGUAAUCCCCAUGGCAGCAGCUGAAUCCGCGCUCGGGGAGUCCAAGGCGCAUAACCAUUGCAUGCACACCGGCCCCGGGGCCCAUAUCCUCAGCUACCCCAUCGCGCAGCACACGCUGCUAAACGUGGUGAUUUUCCUCUCCGACUCAGACUCCGAUUUGGAGUCUAGUAAUAAAGGGAACAACCUCGUCCGUAACCGCGACGCCAUCCUCUCCCGUCUGAAAUCCUGGCGUCCUGAAGUGCGGGCCCUGAUCUCCCAGAUCCCAGAGACUCCGCUCGUAUGGCGUAUCGACGACACAGCAGAUCACCCCGCGCCAUGGUACACCCAGGGGCGAGUCUGUCUAGCCGGCGAUGCCGCGCACGCGAGUUCCCCGCACCACGGGGCUGGAGCAGGUUUCGGGGUCGAGGACGCGCUGGCGUUGGCGACUGCGCUUGGACUCGUAGAUGAAGCUGAAGAACAAACACAGACGGCGGAUGCGAAAAGGGGAGAGGCUGUGGCUGCGGCGUUAGGGGCGUACAAUGAUGUGCGGUACGCGCGAACGCAGUGGCUGGUGCGUAGUUCGCGGGAGACGGGGGAUAUCUAUGAAUGGAUGUACCCCGGCAGUGGAAGCGACCCGGUUAAGCUGCGGGAGGAGAUAGCAGCGCGGCAGAAGGUGAUUUGGGAUUUUGAUGUUGCGGAGAUGGUGGAGGAGACGCGGCGGAGAUAUCAUGCGAGGUUAGGGGGCGAGUAAAUAGGUAGGAUUAGGUGUAGUUUCUACGUGUAACUCUAAGAGAUCCCUAUAUCAUACCUCUACCUUGUUACCUAUGGACGUAUACUUGCCUAUUAUUAGAGAGUAAUUCAGCAGACAAAAGUAAGAUAGCUUGCUGUUUAUUGGGCGAAAUGUAUGCUUCCCGUACACCGAGACAUCAUUCGCUGUUCAAGUACGAUACACCUAAAAAACCGUCAAAUCAGCAACCGCUAGCAAUACCAUCGCUUAGGUCCUAUCGUGAACCGUGCCGGGAACGGAAAUAAACCGAUCAUACUGAAUACUAGACCCACGGAGCAUUGCCCUAUUAAGACCCCAGCCAGGUCCGAUAACCAGACCCCUGGAGCCAGGGUUUCCAGAGCCGGACUUUUUAUAUGUUUCAAGACCCAGAUCUGCCAACUAAGCGGCUUACACGAUAAGCCUGGAGCCUCACCCCCAGCCGGCCCA